AAGGCGACACGGCGGCGGAAGCGGCAGCAGCGAGUGGUGAGCUCGGAUGAGGAAGGCGGCCGGGGGACGGACAGCAGCUUCGGGGUGGAGUUUUGUCACGUGCUGGACGUAAUGAUGCCGACAAUCAUGCCGGAGUGGGCGUGGACGUUCGGGCUUCUGAAAGCACAGAGACGGUUCAUGGAGGGGCAGUCGUGGAUGGGUGACGUCGAGCUUGGGCAGCGGAUUAAAAACAACGGCUUGGUGGUCCUACUGGAACGGCUCUUCAGCGGAAAGCACCGCACGGAAUGGGCGUCCGCCGGAAUGUGGCUGCCGGGCUUUGGCAACGUCCGCGCUGCUGAUUUUAACCGGGAUCUGCGGCUGGAAGGCUUCCUGCGAUGGUUUCCGUACUGGCGUCCGGCGUACGUUAAGUAUCGGAUAUACGUCUCGGCGGACUUUCUAGGUGCGUUUGUGAAUGAGCGCUCGAGCUCUGCGUUGGACGUCCAGCAGCUUCAUCGAUUCAUGCUCCAGUCCGACAUCGGUGCCGCGGAUCGCGCUCGAAAUAGGGGGACGCUUUGGGACUGGGGGCUACUGUAUGAAGAGUUAGACGAGAUGCGAGCGGUCAUUCCGUUCCAGCUUGGUGUGUUCGCCAAAGCUGCUGGCGCUUUGGGCAUGCUGCGCGGAAGUCCACUGUUCAUUCCAGGAACGGUGGUAGACGCGCUCUCGAUGCCGGGGCCGGAGCAUCUACGGCCCGGGCCUUUAUUAAGGCUUCUUAAGCGGGAGGGGUUAGCUUGGGUGGGGUUAACGGAGGAGAUGCGCGAGAUCAACGCGAGCACGCUGAACGCGCUGGCGAAGCUCACGAAAGAGAGCUGCGAAAUGGAGAGGGAAGAGCCCAACGAGAAUCCGAAGCCGUGGCCUGCGGACGGGAUCGACGAAGCGGAGGUCGUGCGCCGCCAGCAAAUGGCCGUCAGAGUCCGCGAAGCGCGAGAUCCGGCGGAACGGGAUGGGCGGAAGUCUGGGGAAGAGCCCAUUGCAAAGCUGCAGGACGGUCUCGUGAAGUCGGCCGAGGCGAGAAGGUGCAGGAGCGUCUAUGAUUUUGGCACAGCAGGUUUUCGCUCCAAGAUUCCUGACAACGUUGAGGCACACUCGUUGUUGACAGAUGUCAUCAAUGACGUGCAGUCGACAUGGGAAAACAAGGAGGAGAUCGGCAAGUAUGCAACAAAUUUCGGCGGGGGGUGCGCAGGAGUACAACGGGAAGCGGAUGUGGAAGACAGUAGGCAGCGCUUGAAGGAGAGACGGACAAUAUGCGUGAAUUCCCAGACCGGAGAGAUCUCUGGCGUUAGCACGACGGUCACAGGGCCCGUUUCGGUGGCUGCAACAAUCCGCGACUUCGAAUCGGGAUUGCACCCGGAGCUGAAGCCCAGAGACGGGGACACAUUCACAUUCAUCAGAACACCAGCGGAUAGUUUCUGGGAGCCGCCGUGCAGGAAAGAUAUGGUCGACGCGGUAGUCCGCAACUUGGCAACGAUAGAAGAGUUAGCUGCAAAGGCUAGUAGUCGUAUGAUGCUGGACAGGGCCCAACCCUUAGAGAAAUAA